GUAGUACUAGUGUCCGUCAUUCAAUGAUUCUUGUGAGAUGAGUACAAAAGACGUUUUGCUUGUUGGCCUGGGAGCAGUUGGAACAAUCUACUCCUACAUCCUUCAAAGCAGUAAGCUUGCGCGAGUCACUACUGUUGCUCGAAGUAACUAUGACAUUAUCAAUGCCAAGGGCAUAAACAUCAGGAGCAAGAAGUAUGGCACUCACGAGAGCUGGAGACCUUAUCGUCUAGUAUCGUCGGUGGCAGAGGCUGCUGAUAGGCCGUAUUCCUAUGUGAUCCUGACAACCAAGGCGAUUCCAGAGGUGAUAAAGACAUCUCGGGUUCUAGAACCAUUGCUUUCUAGUCCAUAUAGUGAAAGGCACCCUCAGCCUACUUAUGUCUUGCUUCAAAAUGGACUGGGAGUGGAGCGAGACUUGUAUCAUAGCGUCAAGGCCCUCAAUCAAGGUGAACCAAAGAUCAUCAGCACUGUUGUAUGGAUUGGAACGAAUUUGGUGGAGAAGAAUGUGGUCGAACACACCGACUUUGAUCGUAUUACCAUUGGAAUGUACAGACAUGGAGACCACCUGACCACUACUAAUUCUCCUGAAGAAGAUGCCAUUUUGACGGACCUUGGAACCAUGCUUAAGACAGGAGGUUCAGAAGUGACCAUUGCAACAGAGAUCCAACGCAAGAAAUUCGCCAAGACAUUUUGGAAUAUUGCAUUUUCUUCCUUCUCGACCCUCACUGGAUCUCCUCCUACAGCGAUGUUCCGGCCUCCACCCAAAGAGGGUCAAUCAUAUAGUCCUUACGUUGCACCUCAGACAGCACCUAAUAUCAUUCCUGUCCUACGUGCGAUUUUACAAGAGAUGAUUACCCUUGGUAAUUUCGAACUGUAUGAUCUCUCUGCAUGUCUUACCUUUUUCUUAGGGCGUGCAUUGGGCUACCCGGACAACGAAGAUGGUCUACCUUCUUCCCUCGUUGACAAUACUAUAUUACGUACUGCAGAGUUACACAAAGACCCUGCCCAUACAGCUCUCCCGAGCAUGCUCCUUGAUGCCCAGAAUGGGCUGCCUAUCGAGGUGGAGGUGAUUCUUGGGGAGGUGGUCAGAUUGGCCAAGGAAAUGGGGGUAGAUGUGCCACGUAUUGAAACGUUGUAUGCUUUGCUGGCUAUCAUCCAAAACCAGACUCUCGGUGGAUUAAGACAACCCAAACUCUAG